CAUGUAUCCUGUUUGCCACCAACAAGUUAAAGAUUGACCCCAGACUCUGAGCCCUGCAGGCAGGACCGAAGAGCCUUUAUUCUACGAUCCGCUUCGCUAUUCCAAGCACCCAUCCCUCCAUUCCCCGUCCACACCCAGGUUUCGCGUCGUCGUCAAGAUGCUGCCUGCCGUCCUCCUCACAACCCUCGCUGGCAUGCUCGUCCCUUGGCAGGUCCAAGGGGUGCCGUACGCAGUCGCCAAGCGGGCAAGCAUCUGCAACGGCGAUGCAAGUCUCUGCAGCAGGCGGUUCUCCAACGUAACUUUCGUCGGAACCCACGAUUCGUACGCCGUCUCCAGCAGCUCCAUCGCCGCCAACCAGGAACAACCGGUCGCGCAGCAGCUCGCCGAUGGCGUCCGCAUGCUGCAGGCACAAGCGCACAAGUCGCCUAACGCGACCUCGGGCUCCGGCAUCGAUCUUUGCCAUACCGACUGCCAGCUGUUCAACGGCGGCAGCCUCGAGGCCUGGCUCGGCUCCGUCAAGACGUUCGUCGACGCCAACCCGAACGAGGUUGUCACACUGCUGCUCGUCAACAGCGACGGCCUGCCUGCGAGCACUUUUGCGAAGGCGUAUCAGUCUACCGGCCUCGAUGCGAACAGCUGGCAGCCGUCAGGGGGCGAGAGCGCCAUCGCGCGCAACGCAUGGCCCACGCUCGGCUCGAUGAUUGACUCGCGCAAGACGGUCGUUUCGUUCCUCGCGAGCGGCGCCGACGUCAGCUCGGUGCCGUAUCUGCUGCCGGAGUUUAGCUCGAUAUGGGAGAACCCGUAUAACCAGCUGACGGUACCCUUCAACUGCUCCGUGGACCGCAUCGGCGUCGGCCAGGCGGCGAGCAACCUGAUGUACCUCAUCAACCACUUUAAGGAUCUCUCCGCCUUCGGCAGCUCCACCAUCGUCUACCCAGACAAGGGCAACCUCAGCACGACGAACAGUGAGCAGAGCAUCCUCAGUGACGCCAACAACUGUGCUGCCACAUCACCCGGCGCAAGUGGCAACUACCCCACCUUCAUCCUCCUCGACUUCUACGACACACCUUCGCAGGCCCCGUUCAAGGCCGCUGCGCAGAUGAAUGGCAUCCAGUACAAGCCCGCCGCCAAUGCAUCCAAGUCCGAAGGCGGCUCCAGCAAGGGGUCCGGCUCGUCUGGGAGCAGCAGUAGCAGCUCCAGCGCAGAGAGCAGGCUCGCACGGACCGCAGGCGCACUUUCCGUCGCGGCGCUCACCGCAGCGCUGCUGUUGUAAAGUGGUUUGCAGGCCGGUCGAAAGCCCUCAGGAGCAACCGCAGUCUCUGGAUAGGUCUUUAUUUCAUGUAUCGUAGACGGACAAUCACUCAUUCGCACAUGGUCAU